AUGUCUCCUGUUGAACAAGUCUCCGGUAUUUUCGAUACCAUCUUAGUUUUGGACUUCGGUUCUCAAUACUCUCAUCUAAUCACCAGAAGAUUAAGAGAGUUUAACAUCUACGCUGAAAUGUUACCAUGCACUCAAAAGAUUGCUGAAUUAUCCUGGAAACCAAAGGGUGUCAUCUUAUCCGGUGGUCCAUACUCCGUCUACGCUGAUGAUGCUCCGCAUGUUGACCCUGCUGUGUUCGACUUAAACGUUCCAAUCUUAGGUAUUUGUUACGGUAUGCAAGAACUUGCAUGGUUAAACGGUAAGAAGGUUGGCCGUGGUGAAAAGAGAGAAUAUGGUCCAGCUACUUUGAAUGUUGAGGAUCAAUCUAACCCUCUAUUUAAAGGUGUUGACCACUCCACCGUUUGGAUGUCUCACGGUGACAAAUUGAACGGUUUACCAGAUGGUUUCAUUACCAUUGCUACUUCUGAUAACUCUCCAUACUGUGGUAUUGCUCAUGAAUCCAAACCAAUCUACGGUAUUCAAUUCCAUCCAGAAGUUACUCAUUCCACCCACGGUAAACAAUUAUUGAAGAACUUCGCUGUUGAUAUUUGUCACACUAAACAAAACUGGACAAUGGAAAACUUCAUUGAAACUGAAAUUCAAAGAAUUAGAGAUCUGGUCGGUCCAACCGCUGAAGUUAUCGGUGCUGUUUCCGGUGGUGUUGACUCUACCGUUGCCUCUAAAUUGAUGACUGAAGCUAUUGGUGACAGAUUCCAUGCUAUUUUAGUUGAUAACGGUGUCUUAAGAUUAAACGAAGCUACUAACGUUAAGAAAAUUUUAACUGAAGGGUUAGGUAUUGAUUUGACUGUCAUUGAUGCUUCCGAAGAAUUCUUAGGUAACUUAAAGGGCGUUACUGAUCCAGAAAAAAAGAGAAAGAUCAUCGGUAAUACUUUCAUCCGUGUCUUCGAAAGAGAAGCUGAAAGAAUCAAGCCAAAGGAUGGUCAAGAAAUCCAAUUCCUGUUACAAGGUACUCUAUAUCCAGAUGUCAUCGAAUCUAUCUCUUUCAAGGGUCCAUCUCAAACCAUUAAGACUCAUCACAACGUUGGUGGUCUACUAGAUAACAUGAAAUUGAAAUUGAUUGAACCACUAAGAGAAUUGUUCAAGGAUGAAGUCAGACAUCUAGGUGAAUUACUAGGUAUCUCUCAUGAAUUAGUCUGGAGACACCCAUUCCCAGGUCCAGGUCUAGCUAUUCGUGUCUUAGGUGAAGUCACCAAGGCUCAAGUUGAAAUUGCUAGAAACGCUGAUAGUAUUUACAUCGAAGAAAUCAGAAAAGCUGGUAUUUACAACAAUAUCUCUCAAGCUUUUGCUUGUUUACUACCUGUUAAAUCUGUCGGUGUUAUGGGUGAUCAAAGAACUUACGAGCAAGUUAUUGCUCUAAGAGCUAUCGAAACUACUGAUUUCAUGACUGCUGACUGGUACCCAUUCGAACACAGUUUCCUAAAGAAGGUUGCCUCCAGAAUCGUUAACGAAGUCGAUGGUGUCGCUAGAGUCACUUACGAUAUCACUUCUAAACCACCUGCCACUGUCGAGUGGGAAUAA